UCUUUCACCGGCGAGAGGGGAUCUGGAUAUAAAAGAUCUCUUCUGAGGUGCAAUGGCAUCAGAUACCACACCUCAGGACUCAUUUGGUAGCCGCUCGCUCGCAAGAUUAUUUUAACGGCGCACAAAUACGUUUAAGAUGAAACCUUUCGUCGUGGUAGGGAUCUGCGUCCUGCUUUUCGCGAACGUCAUCUCCGAGAAAGUAAAAGCCAGGGAAUCUACAUCCGCAGCGUCGGGGACUUCCGCUACAAAAGAGAAGAGAGGAGCACUAGAUGGAUACGGCGGAGGAUCUUCUUACUCCCUCGGAAGUUCGGGAGCUAGUUACUCGGCGGCUCCCUCGCACAGCUUCGGCGGCGGUUACUCGGCACCUUUAACUUCGGGACAUUCCUUCGGCGGCUCCGGCGGCGGACUUUCCCUGGGUCACGGCGGUUUCCAAAAUUUCGGAGGUUUCGGUAGCGGCGGACUCGGAGGAUAUAACCUUGGCGGCCUCAGCCUGGGCGGACACGGUGGCGGAUACUCUUUCCCAUCCGGCGGAUUUGGACAAGGCUUCGGCGGACACGGAUCCCCGCUGUCCUAUUCCGUUCCACUGACAUCCGGAUUGAGCCUGGGAGGCGGCGGAUUCGGCGGCGGUUACGCCGGAUCCCUGAUUUCGUCCUCCGCCGGUAAACAAGGACCCGUCACCUUCGGACUCCACGGCAGUUCGGGUUCGACCUACAUGGCACCGGUCUACGCCGCCGGCACCCACGGUCUCUCGGCGUACGGAAGCGGCGGAAGUUCCGCUUACAGUCUACCGAUCUCCGCCGGAUCAUCUCACGGCCUGUCCUCCGGUUCGCCGAGUUUUUCGAUCCCCGCCUCUUCCGGAGCAAGCUACGCUCUGCCUUUGACGUCUUCUCACGGAUCGUCUGGUGGAUCUUACAGCUUCCCGUCCUCGUCCUCUGGUACAUCAUCUCUGGCUUCCCAUGGUAUCUCACUAGGAUCUCUGUCAGGACUUCACGGAUCUUCAUAUAGCCUACCGCUGUCGAGCUCAUCCGGUUCUUCCCACGGAAUUUCGUCGAGCUACUCCGCGCCCGUGUCCUCGGUGUCCAGCUACAGCAUCCCCUCGUCGUCCGGUUCGUCUCACGGACUCUCCUCCGGUUCGUCCAGCUACAGCUACCCCUCGUCGUCGAGCGCCGGCUACACCGUUCCAUCUUCUUCGGGAUCGAGCUACCACUCCCAAUCCGGAGAAUCGACCAGCUACAGCCAUCCUUCGUCCUCGGUUUCAAUUUCGUCCAGCUACGGCGCUCCUUCGUCUUCGUCUUCCGGCUACAGCCACCCGUCGUCAUCUUCGGGAGAAAGCUACGGCGUCCCCUCGUCCUCCGGUUCCGGCUACAGCCUCUCCUCGUCAUCCCCGAGCUCGAGCUACGGCGCUCCGUCGGUAUCCUCGGGGUACAGCCUCGGAUCCUCCUCCGGAUCGGGGCACGGCUCCGCGGCGAUCCUCAGCGCCCUGGCAUCGGCCAGCUCUCACGGAUCCUCGUCCGGUUACAGUCUACCCUCUUCCUCCCACGGGAUCUCGGACUCUUACAGCCCCUCGUCGUCCCACAUCGGCUUGUCCAGUGGAUCCGCCGACAGUUCGAGCUACAGUCUGCCCAUCUCUUCGGGAUCUUACUCCGGAUCUGAUUCCGGUUCGUCGUACUCCUCGUACUCUUCGGCCCCCUCCUCUUCCUACGGAAGUCCGAGCGACUCCCACGGAGCUUAUUCCGCCCAGGCGCCAAGAUACAUACGCUACUCCGGCAAAUCCCUGCAGGACAACUACGCCGCCGGAAGUAACAAAUACGACACCAUCUCGUACUCGAGUCCCGGUGGCAAAUAUUAGAGGGGGGGAGGGGUAACGAUCGGAGGACUGGACAUCGAAAGUUUACCGGGUGAAGAAUCUUCUCCCGCUAUUUCUGCGGUUAACGCGGUUCUCGGACGAAGACGAGGAUCGUUGUCCGGGUCCGUUUUGCCGAACGACAAUCACGACGGUAACGACAAUUACACGACACUGACGAGACGUGUGGACGUGAAACUGCGAACAUUGAAACAACGAAAGCGAAUCGAUUAGGUGAAAUGGUUGACGUAUUUAUAGUUAAUUUAGGAAAACUCGUUGCCUAUUUAUGAUGUUGUUGAUCAUCGUUUCAUCCUGUUAGAUGUUUUCUCGACAUUGACGAAUGAUGGUUGUUGUAUAGUUUCCUUCUUUUUUUUUUUUUAUACUAUUUUGUAAUAAAAUGUGUUAUUCUCAUAAGAA